AUGGUCGAAGAAAUGCCAUCACCCAAGCGCCGUCGACUGCGCAAAGGGACGCGGUCCUGCUGGGAAUGCAAACGGCGCAAGAUCCGCUGUCUCUUUGCCUCCCCAGACGACGGCACUUGUAUAGGCUGCCACCACCGACGCGCUCUCUGUGUCAGUCAGGACAUGCCCGAGGAUCUCUCGCCGGCGAAAAAGGGGAACCGACAUCUUAGUGACCGCAUCGGGCGUAUUGAAGAUGUGUUGAAAGACUGGCUCGCCAGACCCGCCACUGCCACCGCUGCAGAGAGUCCUAGAGAGACUAUUCCGCAAACUUCCUCCCUCAGCGCUCACGCCGAUGUUUCUGACAGCGAGUCGACUGUCCUCCACCACCUCCUGGAAGCUCUACCAACGCCAGAGGAUACCCAGAUUCUCCUCCGCGAGAGCGCUCGCCCAUCACUAUACACCGAGUUGAUAGCCACGCAGCCGCGAAGCAAGUUAACCCUAGAGUCUCUCGCCACGCUUUCAUCACAGCCGACGGACUUCCCCGGCCCUAACCCACACCCGGUUCUCCUAGCCAAAUGGAUGCUGCUCUUUGCCAUCACUCUCCAGAGCCCCUGCGGAGAUGAGGUCCUUGGACUGUCGGAACCGUUCAGUCUUUUAAUGCGACGCUUGACGGCAGCAGCGACAACGUGGGUGACGACUCGCGACGAAAUGCAGGGAACCAUAGAGGGUCUGGUUUGCAUUAUCCUUGAAGCCACAUUCGAGAUCAAUGCGGGCAAUCUGCGCCGCGCGUGGGCUGUGUAUCGCCGUGCUUUGACCGUCGCUCAGCUCAUGGGCCUGCAUUGGUCCCCUAGACCCCCGCUGCCACGCAUCGAUGCGAAGCUGGAGGUGGACCCGGAGUGCCUGUGGUUCCGCAUUGUGUAUAUGGACCGCUAUCUCAGCCUGCUGCUGGGCCUUCCACAGGGCACCUCUGAUCAGAGCAUAGGUGCCCCUGCCGUCCUACAGCGCGAACCAUCAUUAGGACAGUUUGAACGACAUCUCACAGGCCUUGCUGGCCGCAUCCUAGAGCGGAAGCAGACUUCUAUGGCUGCAUCGACUGCGGUCGAUAUCACUACCACACAGGCCAUCGACGCGGACCUCUUGAAAGCGUCACAGGCCAUGCCCACAAGCUUCUGGCGACUUCCCAACUUCCAUAACCUUACCUGUGGAUCGCCCGAGGCUGUCCUAGAGACCGUUCGACUCGGCGCUCAAGUCUACUACAACGGCCUCCUAAUACACCUCCAUCUCCCCUAUAUGCUCUGCGAGGUGAGAGGGCAGCACAAUCCCAUCAACAGCUCGCAGCACGACUACUCCAGGAGUACUUGCGUCAAUGCAAGUCGCGAGAUCCUGGCGCGCUUCAUCGCGCACCGCAGCUUCAACCCAACCUCGUCGUGCUCCCGACCUGUGGACUUCUUCGCUCUGCUGGCCGCUAUGACGCUGCUCGUCGCGCACCUAGACGCCCAUCAUCACCAAGUAGCACCUAGCCCCCUUGCCCACCAACGCCUAAGCGACCGCGCCAUGCUUGACCAGGCCCUAGAACGCAUGGACGUUAUCGGCCACCUCAGCAACGACACUACGUCUCGCCAAAGUGCCGCUCUCAUUCAGAAACUUCUUGAAAUCGAAGCCGACGCCGCGAAGGGCAAAAGGUAUACCACCCAAAGUGUCGACAGCAACCCUGGCGCGCAGGGGGAUAGGAACGUGGACGGCACAAAUGAGCCCGGGCUUCGCUUGCAGAUCCCCUACCCAGGCGUCAUCCCUGGGCAAACGGUCUUUGGGCUUGUUGCAACUCUACAGGCUUUUGGGCCCGCUCCCUUCAAUACUUUCUUGUAA